AGCAAUGGCGUUACUAAAACUGGUUGACAAAUGCUGUCAGCGGUUUAAAACAAUUUAAUCGUAAUAGGCGUGCGGAUAAGGAAGUCGGUUAUGAAAUAAUCCGAAAAAAGUCAAGGAUAUAAUAAUAUUAUAGAACAGUUUAACUAUGACGGCGGCUGAUCCCUCAGUGAAGGAGGUGUUGACGGCUAUGGCAGAGUCUUCGUCCAUCCACGGCGUUUCAAGAUGGGUGACCUCCACGCACUGGUACCAGAGGGCACUGUGGUUGCUUGUUUUCCUUGGAGCCACCGGUGGCGCCUUCUACCAACUAAGCCGUCUCUAUAUAUCAUACACCUCCUACCCCGUCAAAACCUCAAUGGAACUUGAAUUCUCCAGUCUGACGUUUCCGGCUGUUUCGUUUUGCAACAUGAACCCUAUAAAGACUACCAAACUGUCUCUUACAACAAAUGAAACUCAGAAGGCACUGCAAACUAGGAGUAAGAGAAGCUUGGAUCCUCAAAAUAUUAAUGCCCCAUCCGAUGCAAAGCCGUUUCAGCUAAAAGUCGAUCGAAAGGGGAGAAAAAAUGGCAGAUGCAAGAACCCAGUUUUCGAUUUACGAGAUGUUAUUCGCAGGAUCAGAAAGAGAAGAAACGCAAUGGCGACUACCACUACGUCAUUUGUUUCGCAAACUAGUUCCUUCUCAUCAGGAACAACAGCUUCGAAUUAUCAAUGGGUGACGGAUGCUCAUGGUAACUGGUAUUACUUUGAAUUUUUGCCUGACAUGACUGGCGUUCAAGAUGAGUGGAACUCAAGAGUUGAAACAUUCAAGACGGAAUUUCAAGAUAAUGACUUAUUAACAAGAGAAGAGGUGGGUCAUUCUAUAUCGGACAUGCUGGUAUCCUGUGCAUUCAAUGGAAAUCUCUGCUAUAAAGAAAAUUUCACCUUGUUUCAGUCUCUGGAAUAUGGCAACUGUUAUACAUUUGAAGGCGAGUCGUAUGUAUCAAGGCGAUCAGGACCUAAUAUGGGUCUACGACUGGUUUUAAACAUUGAGACGAAAGAGUAUAUAGAAAACUACAUGGAUGCCCCCGGAAUUAGAUUGGUAAUACAUCAGCGAGGAACUCUACCUUUUCCGGAAGAAGAGGGUAUCACCCUUAAUCCUAAUUAUGAAACCUCAAUUGGAAUGAGAAUGCAAUCGAUACAUCGAGCUUCUGAGCCAUAUGGUUCUUGUGAUACUGGCGAAGAAUUUUUCAAUCUGUUUGGAAUCGGCUACACUGUACCAGCUUGCUUAAAACUUUGUCGACAAACAGAAAUACUUAAGAGGUGCAACUGUAGGCCUUCCACUACAAGCCUGGAUCUCGGCAUCGCAGAUAUGAAGAAAUACAAAUCCUGCCUGGAUAAAGACUAUACUAUAACCUGCGAAGAUUUUGUUAUCAACAGCAUUGAACAAAAUCGUAUUUCCUGCAAUUGCCGAAGUCCGUGCAACCAAAACGUAUAUAAAACAAGUUUAUCUGGAAGAAAGUGGCCAAAUAAGAUAUAUUUGGAAGGAAACCUAUUACCGGCAGUGUGCGGGACCUCUAAGAAUAUAACGUACUUCAAAACUGUGUGUAACGGUGCUCCGAUAACACCAACUGACCUGGCAUGGUUGGAGGAAAAUUUUCUAAAAGCAGUGAUAUACUACGAAGAUUUGAAUUUCGAGAAAAUAUCAGAGGAACCAUUGUAUGAUGGAUACCAGCUGAUCUCGGAUGUAGGGGGUGCUCUGGGUCUUUUCAUGGGUGCCUCUAUUCUAAGUUUCGUGGAGGUUCUGCAGUUUAUCAUUGAACUGAUUAAUUUCCUACGUCAUAAAAUUGCAGCGAGAAGAUCGAGGAAAACAGUCGUUACCAGUUUCAAGGCUGUCAGUGAUAUGAAAGACAGUAAAGCAUGAUUACAUGUAUCUCUAUAAAAUCAAUCGGUUUGGACUACAGUUUUAUUCAAAGUACUGCGAUUUGCGCUAUUAUAGAGAUCUAUAUUUAAAUCAGAUUGCUCAAAUACAUAUAAUUAUCAUGCACGGAUCUAGAAGGGAGUGGUAGGAGGAUGGCGGACCCCGCUCCCCUGCAAAAUUCAAAUUUCUUUAAAUUACAUUAUAAAAUUACCAAAAUUAUGCAUCGAACCCCCUGGCAAACUCAAAUAACCGUCGGACCCCCCCCCCCCCUCCCCCCGCAGGAAGAUUUUCUGGAUCCGCACAUGAUUCGUUAACAAUGACAUUCGUGUUUCCAUGUUAAUACAUGCAUGUUUUUCCAUUUUAAUGAGACUUUGUGGCGAGCAAAUCGUCCUCUUAAAACUGUUUCGUGUUUCAUAUUUUUUGUACUUGUGUGAUAUAUAAUUUCGUUAUCGGUUAUCAUAUAACUCUCGAUUCCGUUGCUGAUAUCUACAUGUAUUUAUACUUGUAAUAUCAUGUUGUAUGCAUUGUAUAUAAUACCAUUUAAAUUGUAUGACAUUUAUACAUAACUUGAGUUUAUAAACUGUUGAAUUUUGUCA